AGUAACAGCAGUUGCGAAGGCGAGACAUCGAAAGGCAAAACAAAAGUUAUUAAACAAACGACCGCCUCUUCCGCCCCAAAUAAAAUAAUUAAAAAAGAGAACUUAAAUGGAGUGAAGAAUGGCUCGAAUGGCAGCAAACGUAAGGCAAACCAGACUUCAGUGAGCAAUGGAAACGGCAAUAGCGGUGCUCUCACUUUAACGCCUCCUCACACCCCCUCCAAUGAAGUGAGCACUUUGCAGCGCAAAAGAGAUAACACUGGUGAAACUAAGCCAGUCAUAAACCCCGGACCCCAUCACAACGGUCCGGCGACCGCCAGUGGCCCCAACGCUAUAGACUUCAGUCACGUGGAUGUGGGAAACCUGACCACAGAAGUGAUGACAAACAUAGACGAGACAGAACUCGACCAAUACUUACCACUUGUGAACGCCUCGUCCGCACAAUAUUCCAGUGCAAUGGAGGCCGCAGCAGCCAACUCGCCCGUCAAUGCAAUGUACGCCUGGUCUACCAAAUACCUUACAUCCCAUCAGAACAGUACAAAAGCCAAUGCCAAACAAAAUGACUCUUUCAAUGAUAAUAGUUAUGAAAGCCAUCAAAGUUUAUACCCGAGGAAUGGAGAGCACCAGCAGAUGGGCUCUUAUGACCACUGCGUUAGUGUUAAUCAACUCUACCCCUCGUAUUCAAGUUACGCCUUAUCAGCAAACCAUAGCCCAUACGGCACGGGAUUUAUGCCCCUUCAGUGGCCUUACACUUGAUGCCAUCAAAUAUCAAACUAUCCCUUUAUUUUCAAACAUUUGCCUCUCUUUUAAGAAUUAUUUGAAUAAAUAUUUAUAAUUAUUAAGAAACGGCAACUGUAUUGCAAUUGUUUGAAUGUUAUUAUUAUAUUAAUUACAACAUUAAAUUUGUGAAUAAAUCUUAUUAUUCAAAAGUAAUUAUAAA